CCAACAACCCCCAAACACCACGUCACUCAUGACACAAACCACAGCUUUCUAUGGAAAACACUCCCAUUCUGGAUGUCACACAAUCACAGACUGGCUUGGGCUGGAAGGGAAUUUAAACUCAAAAUCCCACGGGCAGGGACGCUUUCUGCUAUCCAAGGCUGCUCCAAGCCCCAUCCAACCUGGACACUUCCAAGGAUAGGGCAGCCACAAAUUCCCUGGAAAACCUGUGCCCCGGCCUCCCCACCCUCCCGGGGAAGGGUUCAUUCCCGAUAUCCCAUCUAGCGCCGUGUGCCACGCCACCCCGUGCCGUGCAGGGAUGCGCCGCCCCCGCCCCGCCGCUGCGGCCCCGCCCGGCGCUUCCUGCGGGAGGAGGAAGCGGCUCCCGGGCCAUGGAGCUGCCUCCCGGCCACUUCCCGGCCGCCCGCGCCGCGGCCGCGGCCCUGGGCUACCUGCGGUACCGGCGGGGCGGCCCCGGGCGGGGGCUGCAGCUGCGGGAGCUGCGCCGCGCCCGCCGCCAGGACAUCGAUGAUGAGGGGCACAAGUACUACCUGGAACUGGAGCUGGAGGAUGUCCUGGACAAAGACAGCACUGUCAGCUGCACUGCUGAGGUUCUGUAUCACCUGGGCAGCAGAACCUCUGCUCCAGAUGUGCAGGUCACAGUGCACGGAGAGCUCAGGAGCACACAGGAAGCAGACAAGGAGUUCUACAAUUGGAUCAGGAGCCUGGAAAAGGAGCUUGUGGCUGAGAACAUCCCAGACAGCCAUGGGAACAUUCCCCCCGAGCUGGAGCCCAUCCACCUGCUGGCCUGGGUGGCCUCUGGCUACGUGAUCUGGCAGAAUUCCACCGAAAACACCAAGUUCCACCUUGCCCAAGUUCAACACGUGAAGCAAGUGAAAAGAAGUGAUGAAGAUCUUCAGUUUGACUUUGUGGUUCUACUCCACGAAAUGGUGUCCCAGGAGGUGCUGCCCUGGGAGGUGACCCUGCUGUGGCACCCCCAGCGCGGGGCCCGAGUGUCCCAGAGCCGCGCCGCGGGAGCGGGGAGCUCCUGAGCACCUCUGGGAACAGCUGGGAACACCUGGGAACUCCUGAGCACCUCUGGGAACAGCUGGGAACUCCUGAGCACCUCUGGGAACAGCUGGGAACACCUGGGAACUCCUGAGCACCUCUGGGAACACCUGGGAACUCCUGAGCACCUCUGGGAACACCUGGGAACACCUGGGAACUCCUGAGCACCUCUGGGAACAUCUGGGAAUACCUGGGAAUACCUGGGAACUCCUGAGCACCUCUGGGAACACCUGGGAGCUCCUGAGCACCUCUGGGAACACCUGGGAACACCUGGGAGCUCCUGAGCACCUCUGGGAACAGCUGGGAACACCUGGGAACUCCUGAGCACCUCUGGGAA